CAGGGGGACCUGUGCCCGGAACAAGCCCCCUAACCUAAGCCUUCGCUAUUCCUCCUGCUAAUUAAGGCCAUGGCUUCUUCUCUAAUUCUCGUCCUAGUCUCUUCCCUUGCCUUCUUCUCCACCAUUUCAGAGGCCCAGACCUAUCCUCCCAUAGUGGAUGGCCUUUCCUUCAACUUCUACGAGUGCAUCUGCCCCCACGCCGAGUUCAUUAUCCGAAACUUCCUCUCGACGGCCUUUAAGAGCAACAUCAGCCUCGCCGCCGGCCUCCUCCGCAUCCACUUCCAUGACUGCUUCGUUCAGGGGUGCGAUGGAUCGGUUUUGCUGGACGGGACGGCGAGUGAUCCGAGCGAGAAGGACCAGCUGCCCAACCUGACGCUCCAGCCGGCGGCCUUCAAAGCCAUCAACGACAUCAAGGCUCUUCUGGACCAGGCUUGUGGACAGGUCGUCUCCUGUGCCGAUAUUGCUGCCUUAGCCGCCCGUGACUCAGUCUACUUGUCCGGCGGCCCCAACUACAAGGUGCCUCUAGGCCGGCGCGAUAGCCUCACCUUCGCCUCUCGGAACGCGACCCUCGCCGGCCUCCCAGCCCCCACCUCCAACGUCACCACACUCCUCGAGGUUUUCAACAAGAUUAACCUCGACACCACCGACCUCGUCACGCUCUCCGGCGGCCACACCAUCGGCCGUGCGCAUUGCUCCUCCUUCAACAACCGUCUCUUCCCCUCCCCGGACCCCACCAUGAACAAGAGCUUCGCCAAGAACCUCUACCUCACCUGCCCCACCAACACCACCGUCAACACCACCGUCAACGACAUCCGAUCCCCCAACGCCUUCGACAACAAGUACUACGUCGACCUCAUGAACCGCGAGGGGCUCUUCACGUCGGACCAGGACAUGUACACCGACUCGAGGACCAAGCCUACUGUCACCAGCUUUGCCAUCAACCAGUCUCUCUUCUUUGAGAACUUCGUGUACUCCAUCGUCAAGAUGGGGCAGGUGAGCGUGCUGACCGGGGACCAGGGGGAGAUCAGGGCCAACUGCUCGGCUCCCAACCCAACUACCAAGUUCUUGUGGUCUGUGGUGGAUGGCGAAGAACGUGAGAAGCUGGCGUACUAGAUGAGAUUCUUGGACAUGUUGCAAGGUUUGUGCCUGUGUUUUGAGCAUGUAUCUGUUCAACAAUAAAUCGCCGUGGUAGCGAAAAGAAUGAUGCGCAAUGCCUGUGCUUGUUUGUUUAGUUUGAGAAAUUUGAGUUUCACGUCCUAUGUCCUACCUACUUGUAUAUAUAACUUCAGCUUCCCUACCUAA